AUGGAGUCUUUUAUAGAUUUAAACAAAACUAUCAAAUUAAUAUAGAAUAAUGAAUGUGAGGAUGAUAUCUAUUUCCAAAUGAUACAAAAUAAAGAUAAAAAGAUUUUAUUGUUAAGACAUAAACAUUUUAUUUAUUUUAUUAAACAAUUAAAAAAUGACGCAUUUAAGUUAAUUGCAUCAUUAAAUUUUUAAAGUGACAUGAUUUAUGAAGUCACAACUAAUAAUGGGUAAUAUUUAGUAUUAUGGAAAAAAAAAUAAGAUAUAUACUUAUUAUAUUAGAUAUUAAAUAAAAGAAUUAAAUAAAUCAAUUAUUGUUUUUUUAUUUUUCAUUCAAAUAGAAGAGAUAAAUUGUUAUUAAUGUUUUUCGUACCUUAAUCUAUUCUGAAAAUUUAGUGUUGUUAAAUUUAUAAAUUAACAGUAUAUAAGAUGUUCAACAAAAGGCACAUACAUAUAUAAUAAUAUAAUAAAUUUAUUUUCAAUUGCUUUCAUUAAAAAUUUUUUAUGGUAUAAUUUCGAACAAUUUAAUUUAGAUAAUUUUUGAAUUGA